UCAAAGGUAUCUCUGUGUGACAUGGAAACAAAGGAAUCUUAUGUAAAUACCUUCAGAUCAAAGUAAUGGGCUUCUACACUUUACAUUGGAUAAUAAAGGGUUAAUAGACAUAAAUACAAUAAAUAUUUCACAAUAUCUAUUCCCCUCUCUCUCACCUCUCUGAUUCAGAGAGAUUGGGUUAAAUGUGGAAGACACAUUUCCGUUGAAAGCAAUCAGUUAUACAACUAACUAGGUGUCCCCCUGUCCCCUUUCUAUCACAGACACGCUCUCUCUUUCUUGAUCAAAGGACCCCCUUUCACAAAAUUCCAGUCCAACACCGACUACAGUAGGUUACUAAAUGCCCUUAAAUGCGGAAGUGAACUGUGACAGAGAGUGAGACCGUAGCCAAUAAGGAAAGCCUGUCGUUUGAAAGGUGACAGUUCGGGCUGGAAGUCAGAAGACUGUGGCUCGGGAAGGAUUGGCUCUACGGGUUAAAGUUGUCAGCAACAAAAAGUUGAAGUCGGAUUUAGUCUGUUUUGAAGACUGAGUGGAUUUGUCACGUCGUGAACAUAAACCUGUAUGAUUUCAGCUCGUCGUCAUUGUAGGAUAACCGAUGUCAGAUGUCCGUCUCCAUGUCUAGUCUGGAGAGCCCGCGGUCCUCUCAGUUUACCUUUGAGUCCUCAGUGCACAGCUGCCACGUGCUGCGUUGCCUGGACGACCAGCGGAGGCGUGACCUGCUGUGUGACGUCACGGUGGUGGUGGAGGGGACGAGCUUCAGGGCCCAUCGCUCUGUGCUGGCUUCCUGCAGCAAAUAUUUCACACACAGGGUCUCCUCCCACGCGGGCCCAGGGCUCGUCAUCACCCUGCCUCAGGAGGUGACGGCGAGUGGCUUUGAGCCCCUGCUGCAGUUUGCCUACACAUCCAAGCUGCUCUUCAGUAAAGCUACUGUCAUGGAGAUACGACACUGUGCCUCUAUUCUGGGUUUCAGGGAUCUGGACUCGGCCUGUUUCGACUUCCUGUUGCCCAAGUUCUUCAGCAGCAGUAGGGCCUCCUUCCAGAGGAAGUCCUGCUGUAAGACACGGUGCAGGAGACAGUCGCCCAGGGCGGAGCUGAGCGACAUCGACACUAACAAGGAUGACAAAGGGGUUCGGGUGGUUUCUGAUUCGCCCGUUGAACAGGAUGUGGGUGGAGCCCCAUGCCAAAGCAGCCGACCAACAAAUGGCGUGACAGGAUGUAAAAGCGAAACCCACGUCCCUCCUCCUGAAGUCAACAGCCAAUCAGACGCCCAGACUGACUAUCCCCUGCGGUGCCCCAAGUCCUGUAAGUUCCAGCUGGCUUGUGGGAAGGACAGUGUGUCUCUGGAGGUCUGCAGCCCAGAAACAGCCCUUGAUUCCCCAGUGGUCACCGAGGAGGGCUGCCCUCUGCCUCAGUCCCGGUCCUGUCUACCUUGCUCCUGUAGUGGGGGCUGUAAGGAGGGUCCUACAGUGAAGAUCUCUGGAGAGAACUCCUCCCAUUGCGCACAGACUAACCAGGCAGGACAUGGAGAGGUUGAGGAGAGGAAAGGAGAGGAGGAUGGGGAAAAGAGAGAGGCAGACGGGGAGAACGUAGACAAGCACGAGAGGGUAGGAGAGGUGGAAGAGAGGAGGAGAGAAGCAGAGGAGGCUUCUGGAGUCAGCUGCCUUAGAUCUCCCCUCAUGGAGGUUUCCAGUGUCAGCUGUGAACGGAGCCCACGGUUGGAUGAGGGGACAGUGGGUACUACAUCACACCGAUGCCCCCUUGAGGAACCUGGGCUUGGCCAUCAGAGCCCUGCAGGUGUGGAGGAAGGAGGUUGUGUUCUAGGUGGUAGAGGGCACCAUGACGGGUUAGAUCCAGCUGUCUCCAUCCCUAGUCAGCCAAACACAGAACAGGAGCAGGGAAGGAGAGGACAGGGAGAGGAAGAGAGGAGAGAGAGCGGAUGGGAAGAGAGGAGCAGCAUGGAGACGGAGGGAGGUGAGUUAUACUGGGAGAGAGGGAGAGAGAGUGGAUGGGAAGAGAGGAGCAGCAUGGAGACGGAGGUGGCUGAACACUUGGCCCAUGGUCUUUGGUCAGACCUCUCCUCUCCUCCUCCUUCCCUCCUCCGGGACUCGCUACCUGAGACUGGGCCGGAGACUGGGCCGGAGACUGGGCCGGAGACUGGGCCUGAGACUGGGCCUGAGAACAUCCAGGGCAGCAGCUCCACCUUGAACCCCCGGAGCAUGAGCCCCAAGUUGGACUGGCUGUACCUCACCUCCAGCACCGGGGACUGUCCUUUCCUCCAUGGCCUGGACAGAGGGAUGGACAUGGGAAUGGACAGUGGGACAGACAGGGAGAUGGACAGAGGGACAGGGUCAGGGGACGCCCAGCUGCCGGGCUGUGAGGGGUCAUCCCAGUCAGAGAAGAGUCCCUGCGUGUCCUCUUUGAGCUCUGGGGAUGAUGGAGACUCAGACGGCUUCGAUACGGAGGGAGACAGUGAGUCCUGUUCCUACAGCCAGAAGGCUAGGGAGUUACAGCUGCCAUUCUCUGUAGGUCAGAUUUUGGCGUUGAGCAGGAAUGACUUCCAGCUGACGUUGAGACACCAGACUCUGACCAGAGAACAGCUGGACUUUGUCCACGACGUCCGACGCAGGAGUAAGAACCGCACCGCAGCCCGGCGCUGUCGGAAGAGGAAGCUGGACUGUAUACACAACCUGGAGUGUGAGAUCGACAAACUGAGGACAGAGAAGGACCAUCUCAUGUCAGAGAGGACCAAUCUGAUCCAGAUGAAACUGAAGACUUGGCAAAGUGUGUCUGAACUGUGUCAGGGGGUCUGCAGCGAGUCCGCCCUGAGUCCCGAACAACUCCAGGUCCUAGCCUCCCCAUAUUGCCCUGUCUCUGCUCUCAUCCCCCCCACAGACCCAGCCUCCCCUGGGUUAGAGGGACUACUACAGCCCCUGGCUUCUCUCUCGGCCUGCUCCUCAGCCUCAGAACCCCUAGAAUCUUAGACCAGCUGUCCCAAGGACACACCCAUAGGGGAGGAGCUAUCAGGUGAUUGGACAGACCCUCAGGUACAUACCUGUGAACAGGUGACUGAUACCUUGCCCAUGGAACAGUGUGACCAACAAAGGUGUUAGUCCGGACACCUGUAGCGACCACCAUCAUCUUCAUCAUCACCAUCAUGACCACCAUGUUCUGCUUAUAAUAGGCAAUAACUCCUAAACAGAGGAAACAUUUCUAACCACUAGGCUACCUGGGGGAGGCAGGUAGCCUAGUGGUGGGAGGUAGCCUAGUGGUGGCACGUAGCCUAGUGGUUAGAGUAGGUAGCCUAGUGGUUAGAGUAGGUAGCCUAGUGGUUAGAGUAGGUAGCCUAGUGGUUAGAGUAGGUAGCCUAGUGGUUAGAGUAGAUAGCCUAGUGGUUAGAGUAGGUAGCCUAGUGGUUAGAGUAGGUAGCCUAGUGGUUAGAGUAGGUAGCCUAGUGGUUAGAGUAGGUAGCCUAGUGGUUAGAGUAGGGAGCCUAGUGGUUAGAGUAGGGAGCCUAGUGGUUAGAGUAGGGAGCCUAGUGGUUAGAGUAGGGAGCCUAGUGGUUAGAGCAGGUAGCCUAGUGGUUAGAGCAGGUAGCCUAGUGGUUAGAGUAGGGAGCCUAGUGGUUAGAGUAGGGAGCCUAGUGGUUAGAGUAGGGAGCCUAGUGGUUAGAGUAGGGAGCCUAGUGGUUAGAGUAGGGAGCCUAGUGGUUAGAGUAGGGAGCCUAGUGGUUAGAGUAGGGAGCCUAGUGGUUAGAGUAGGGAGCCUAGUGGUUAGAGUAGGGAGCCUAGUGGUUAGAGUAGGGAGCCUAGUGGUUAGAGUAGGGAGCCUAGUGGUUAGAGUAGGGAGCCUAGUGGUUAGAGCAGGUAGCCUAGUGGUUAGAGCAGGUAGCCUAGUGGUUAGAGCAGGUAGCCUAGAGGUUAGAGCAGGUAGCCUAGUGGUUAGAGCAGGUAGCCUAGUGGUUAGAUUGUAGUAACCGAAAGGUUGCAGUAUCGAAUCCCCGAGCCGACAAGGUAAACAUCUGUCGUUCUGCCCCUGAACAAGGCAGUUAACCCACUGUUCCUAGGCCGUCAUUGUUCUUAACUGACUCGCCUAGUUAAAUAAAGGUAAAAUAAAAAAUGAACUAAAAUAA